CCCUCAACAUCAUGUACAAAUUACUCGUCAUUGCUGCGAUUUUUUCGUUUGCCGCUUAUCAAGUUGGUCAAAUUUAUCAAUUUUUGUAUGCAGAAAAGCCCUUGCCUGACCUUGAUUUUGACCGUUAUUGGGGUCCAGGUGCAAAAAAGCCCAAAGAAAUUGCAAUUCACAAAAUUAUUUUGAGUUUCGAAGAUGCCGUGAUCGAUAAACUGAAGUUGCAAUUGAACGACACGAGUUAUUUGGCAGCUCCGUUGGAAGGAGUCAACUUCGAAUAUGGCAUGAACACAGAAACGCUAAAAGGAAUUGUUGAAUAUUGGAAAAAUGAUUAUCUGAAACGAUGGUAUGAGGAACGGGAAUGGUACAUUGGGAAAUAUCCGAUGUUUCAAACGAAAAUUCAAGGUUUGGAUGUUCAUUAUGUUCACGUUUAUCCUGAAAAUGCACCAAAAACCUCAAAAGUCAUUCCUUUGCUGCUUCUUCAUGGAUGGCCCGGUUCAAUUCUCGAGUAUUACGAAGUAAUUCCGGAACUUGUCAAACUCUCAAUGCACAAAUCGUUCGUUUUUGAGUUCAUUAUUCCCUUUAUUCCGGGUUUUUGUCAAUCUGAAGCGCCUCACAAGCAGGGAUUUGAUUCCGUUCAAACUGCAAUCGUCUUUAACAACCUCAUGCAACGUAUUGGAGUCGAAAAAUAUUACAUUCAUGGCGGCGAUUGGGGUUCCAUUAUCGGAAAUCACAUGGCAACUUUGUUCCCGGAACACGUUUUGGGCUAUCACUCGAUAUUAUGUUCAACUAACACCCCACUUUCGAUGUUAAAAACUUUUAUCGCGAGUUUUUGGCCCUCAAUGUUCAUCGAAGAGUCCCGAAUUGACUGGUUUUAUCCCCAAAUGCCUCAUCUUUGGACUUUAUUGGAAGAAAGCGGUUAUUUUCAUAUUCAAGCCACGAAACCUGACACCAUUGGAGCAGCUUUGACGGGAAAUCCGGUAGGUUUAGCAGCAUACAUUCUCGAAAAAUACUCGACAGCGACAAAUAAGGCAAACAGAAACAAGAAAAACGGCGGAUUUAAUGAGACAAUUCACAUCGAUCGCAUUCUUGACAUCAUCAUGUUGUACCAUGCUUCCAAUUCGAUAACGAGUUCGAUGCGUUUUUACAAGGAAACGAUGGCAAGUGAGAAUCCAAGGAUUUUAGACACGCGAAAAGUGACUGUUCCAACGGCUUGUGCUCGAUUUAAGCAUGAUAUUCGACAUUUAUCGGAUUUUGUGUUGAAAGAUAAGUUUGUUAAUCUUGUUCAAUCGACGUAUCACGAGAAAGGAGGACAUUUUGCUGCGAUGGAAUUGCCUGAUGUUCUCGCCAAAGAUAUUUUUGACUUUGUGUCGAAGGUUGAGAUGAAUAAAAAGUAAAAAAAAAUGAAUGUAUUAGCAAGAAAAUUAGAAAAUGAUAUGAAAAGUUAAUUUUUUUGGGUUAAAAAAAUUAAGAAAAAUAUUUAGAAUAAAAAAUUCAAAAGAAAAAUAUUAAAUGAAA